AUGCCUACUUCUGCUCCACCAAUACGCACAACUCCAAGUCUUCUGCCGAUCCCGGGAUCAUUAUCCAAGACUCUAUCUUCUUCCCUAUCUUCCGCCUAUCCAUCCUCUUCAUAUAUUUCUCUUCGUUUGUCUUCAACCUCUUCAUCGUACUUUCCGCUCACUUCGUCGGUAAAUGCCUCUACCUCUACACCUGCAAUCACCGAGCUUUCUUCUCCAUUCACAACCACCGCCGCCUCGACAACUAAACAACAAGCUCCAUAUAUCUCAAUACCGGCAGUCCAUUUGACAAUCUACCCUCAGUCUUCUGCCUUCCAAGGCGUGGCAUCAAUUUAUCCGCUGGUAACCUCUACAACACCAAGUUCUGGGCAGACGGAUUCUGCAACUCCCCAAACGACAGUUGCUGCAUCGACAGCGUCAAGUACUUUGAGCAGCAUUUCUACAACUAGGAUAUCGACAAGUUCAAGUCUCGGGGUUGUCACUUCUCUUGCGCUCACCACAACUGAUACUUCCAGCACCCCCGCCGGUGCAGAAUCUACGUUGAGCUCAACACCAACUCACGAUACAAGCGAGACGUCGCCGAUUGAUACCUCCGCUACUCCGACCCCGGAACAAGAUGCAGUCACUAUUCAAGCUACUCGCACUACCGAGGAAACUAUCACUGUACCUGGUACGACCGCAACGGUAACUCGGACUUCGACCCCGGAUGAAGAUACGGUCACUAUUCAAGCUACUCGCACUACCGAGGACACUAUCACUGUCCCGGGAACUACGGCGACGGUCACUCGAACUCCGACUCUGAUUGCGACUCCAGAAGACGAUACGUCCACCGUCCAUUCCACGCGAGUCACAGAAGACACCGUAACAGUACCAGGUACCACGGCAACAGUAACCCGCACUCCAACCCCCACGUCAGAGCAAGUGGAGACAAUCACUAUCAAAUCAACAAAGACAGAGGAGCAGACACUCAUCAUCCCGGGAUCGACGAUAACAGUAACGGCAGAGACUACUUCAUUAUCAUCAUCAUCAUCAUCGGUGCCAAAGAAAGCGACCGUCACGCCCGAGAUUUCGUCUUCGUCUUCAUCUUCCAAGUCCACGUCCACCAGCAACAGCGACCCCUUGUCUAUCAACACAUACACACCCCCGGCAACAGUAACGGUCACAGCCGAUGCAGUCACAGUAACCGUCAACCCUGCCACUGAGACUACGCCAACCGUCACAAUAACACCGACCGUCACCGUUGUAGGAUCCCUCGCUGCUCAAACCCAGAAGAUCGUCCAAGCAGCUUCAAAUGCCAAAUUGGGCCUGAGUUCGAGCUCCACCUCCAGCUUGAGCGAGGUUGACAAUGACAUCGGUAUCAUGUCUGUUGUUCCCAUGCCGGCGCCAUACACUGUGACUGUUACCGCUCACUGA